AAACUUCUCGUUUUUCAGCUGUCGUUUUUCUUACCCCAAUCAGAAUUCAAAAUCACUCUAUCUUCACCUCAUCUAGUGAUGGAUUUCGACAGUCUUACGAGAAGAGAUCUUCAGUUUUUCUGUAAGAAGAACAAGAUCCCAGCUAAUAUGACCAAUAUCGCCAUGACCGAUGCUCUCAAAGCUCUUGAGAUUGUUGAAGGUAUUGAGGAGUUCAUGAACCAAUCUGAGUCCACACGUGACCUGUCUCCAACAAGUGUAGCCAAGAAUAUGCCGAGUGCUGCACGCACUGCAGCUAGAACAACUCGGAGAAAGACCAAAGAUGAAACUCAACCAUCAGAGCUUGUGACCCGUUCUUGUCUUGUCACUAGCAAGUCCUUAGCUGGAGAAAUGGAGCAAGAGAACAGAAACACCAACGUUGAUCCAUCAUUACCUCCAAGCCGUAGAAGAGCAGCAGUAGCCUCAGUUGCUGUGAAUUUGGAGGAGAGCAAAACUCCAGCGGUGAGAAGCACAAGAAGGGCUCAGCCAGCUGCAGCAUCUGAGUCAGUUCAGAGAGUGUACAGCACGAGGAGAUCAGUGAAAUUACUAGAGGAAUCCAUGGCUGACUUGAGUUUGAAGACUAAUGCAACUUCAAAAAAGAAGGAAGAUGCUGACAGUGAAGGUUCCAAACUUCAGGAAAAAUCAGAGGACAGCUCUGAGAAAACCCAAGAGGGUGAAGCUAUCUCAGUGAGAGAUUUAAAUGAUUCAUUGGAGAAGGAGUGGGAUGGUUUGAAGAAUGAUCCAGAUGUUGAUGUUUUAUAUGGUGAUCUUGGUGAUAUCACUUUCGUUGAUGCAACAACCUGCAAGGAACAGAUUAAUGGAACAGAGUCCAACACCGUUCCAGCUUCAGAGAGUUCUGUUCUAGUCGAAGACCAUGCUGCUUUUACCACCACACACACUGUGACCUGUAGCAAAGAAUCGGUGUCUGAAGAAAUGAAGAAUGAUUCUGAAUCUGAAUCAGAGGAUGAUGAUUCUGGUGGUGUAGAGACAAACAAAGAGGCAUCUGCGUCUAAGGUCUCUGCUAGUGAUAAUGUGAGUAAUGUAGACACUGUCCCAACGGUUCUGCUGGCUGAAGAAUCAGAAGAAAGUUGCGAGACUGAUGAGCUGAUGGAUGAUUUAUCAGAGGUGGCUAUAGUUUCAGACAAGAAGACUCAGGCUUCCUCACCUCAUGAAUCAGACAGUGAUGAAUGGUCUGAUUAUGAGAUAAGCGAGAUAGAUGAAAAGAGUCUGAGAACUGGAGAAAUGAUAGAUUCUGAAUUAGAAGAGGCUUCUGUUUCAGACAAGAAGACUCCAACUUCUUCAGUUCUUGCUGAAACAGAAUCAAACGAACCAUCCCUAAAGCUAAAUCUUGUUGCAGACAACAACACGAAGAACAAGGAGAAUGUUGAGGAGGAGAUGGUUCUUAAUAACAAUGGAGAGAGAGAAGCAGAGGUUGAGACUAAGAAGAAGAAGAACAUGAUCGAUGAAGAAAGCCUUAAAGACGCAAGCAUGAGGCAACUUACGAAGCUGGUGAGAGAACUUGCUAUCAAGAACAAGCAACAACACAAGAGCUCAGAGUAGAGAAGAAACUAUUUUAGCCUUUUUGAAAUCAAUUCCUUCUGUGGAAAAAAAACUGUCGCUUCUUUUGUUUUCUUGAGGUUGUUCUUUUUUCAAGAAACCUAAACAGAAUUUCAUAUCAAAUCUAUUUCUCCUCCUCUAGUUUAUUUAAAUCUCG